AUGUCCCCGCGGCUCAUCUCCUCCACCAUGCGCAUCGCGGGCUCCUGGACGCGCAUGGCCAGGUCGCACCUCCCCGAGCGCGCCGUCGACAACCUCACCGCCGCAGGCCUCGAGGCGCUCCCGGAGAUGCAAGGCCAGGACCUCCUGAAGUUCCUGUGGGCCGCCGCGCGCCUGGAAGGCCCCAUCUCGGCCGCACAAGCCACGCUCGCGGCGUCGCUGCUGCGGGAGAAGCUGGCGCUCAUGCCGCUGCGCGACGCGUACAUGGCGAUCGGCGCGCUCGCGAAGCUCGGGCACGUGCCCGAUCAGACGGUCGUGAGGCUCUUUGAUGAGUGUGCGCGCGCGGAGGUGGAGCUCGGAGACGAACUGCACCGCCCUGACGUGGCGCUGCUGUACGACGUGCUGCGGAUCGCGGAGGCCCGCGCGCGCGGCCACCGCGCCCUCGGCACGUCCAACGCCUUCGCCGAGGCCCCCGACGACCGCGUCUCGCUCGUCGCGCGCAUGACCGACCCCGGCGCCGCCCUUGCUGCUCGCGCUCGCGAGAUCGGCAACAGCCCGGACCGGUGGAGGUCCGCGACGCAGGACCCCGUCAACCUCUUCCACCGCGCCCACACACCCGCCGAGGUGCUCGGCCUCGCGCUCGACUUCGGCGUGCUCACCGAGGCAGAAAACGGGGGUAUUGUGCCGCCGACAGCGCCGCACUCGAAGGAGGCCGCCCGCGUCGCGAACGCCGCGCUCUCGCGGCUCGGAGCCGUCGCGGUGCUCGCGUCGCCCUCGGACGCAGCCGCGCUCGCGCCGUGCAUCCACGGGCUCCUCGACACGCUGUCGUUGGCGCCCGCCGCCUCGGCGGCCACGGCGGGGCCUGUCCGGGCGAAGGACUCGCACGAGGGCGGGGCUCCACCGCAGGAGUCGAUCACGCACCUCAUUGCGUGUCUUCGGCUCGCGCAGAUCGCGCCGGAGGGCACCGUCACGGCCGCGCUGGUCGAUCGCAUCAUGGAGCAGGUGCGCGACGCGGCGCGCGCCGGGGCGCUGUCGGUGCGGGACUUCUCGACGGCGCUCGAGAGCGCGGCGCACUUCAGCCAGCUCGGGUUCCUCGGGCCGAACACGGCCGGGCGCGGCGCGGUGACGGCGCUGCGGGAGGCCCUGGUGACGGAGGCGCGACACCAGCUCGAGCGACCGCGCCGGACCGCGAACUUCGGCGUCGUGUCCGUGCCGUGGCGCAACGCGGUGGCGGUGAACGUGAUGGCGGCGGCGAUGGACCGGCACGCGAGCGACCGCGAGCUGCUCGACGCGGUCACGCUGUCGGUGGACCUCAUCGGGGGGGUGUUUCCGAAAUACCACCCCCUGCUGUGGGGGGCGUUCGAGGAGCGCACGCAGGGCGACGCGAGCGCGAUGAUCCAGCACAUCGAGGACCUCCCCGAGCGCGCGCGCCGGGUCCUGCUCGCGUGCAAGAGCACCGCCGACGACCGGGCGGCGUUGGAGGCGCACGGAGGCGCGUUCGCCGACGCGGUCGCGGCGUUCCCGAGGCUCGACACGAUCGAGGCGGUGAUGCGCGUGCUCGCGUCGGCCGACGGCGACCCGGCCGUCCCGACCGGGUUCCUCGCUGCAGGCCUCUGUCGGGCGGCGGACGUGCUGGCUUGGGACGCGCUUUCCGUCCACGCGAUGUGGCGGCCGCGCCUCGACGCCGUGCUGGCGCAGCUGGUGGACCGCAUCGACGAGCUGAGCCCCGCGCAGCUCCCGAGCCUGCUGCGUGCGUUCCGGAUCUACAACGCCCCGGGGGGACUCAUGGCAGACCCCCAGCUGCUGGCGGCGCUCGGCGACGCAGCGAUCGCGGCGCUGCCCGUGAUGACGCCGCACAACAUGGCCAGCACGCUCAUGUACCUCGGGCGGCUGCAGUACGCGGUGCCGCGCGCGUAUCAGGCCGCGGCGGGUGGGGAGAUUGUGGCGGCGGUGCCUGCGCUCGGUAUCGCGGAGGCAGCGCGGCUGCUGACGGGCGCGGCGGCGAUCGGCGCGGUCCCGAGCCAGGAGCAGUUCUUCGACGCGCUCGACGCCGUCGCGUGGCCGCAGGGCAUGAAAUCGAGGAUGCAAUCCUUUGCGCGCGCGCUCUCGGUGUCCGACCAGCAGCGCCUCGCGCGCGCCGUUGCGGCCGUGCGGUCGCGGCACAAGCGGUACGACGGCCGGCCGGAGGAACCGUACGGCCGCUCCGAGCGCCUCGCGACCGCGGUGGAGCGUUGGGAGGACGUGGCAGCGUUGAAGUUUGACGCGGCGAUCAAGACGAGAAAGCUCAUCUCGUGUUCGCAGACAAUCGCGGAGCUGCAGCGCCGCACGAAGCUGGUCUUCGGGGACGACAUGGACCCGAUGCUCGUCGUCGCGGUCGCCUCCGCGAUGACUGCUUCGCUCAGGGAGCUGAAGGGCCCCCUCCUGGCAGGCGCGCGCCGGCCGGCGCCGCUGGCGCGCAAGGCCGCGAAGAACGCGCAGGCGCCGGGCUCGGCGGGCAUCCCCGCGUCGUUCUUCGGGCUCGUCAACCGCACGCUGCACGCCGCCAAUUCCGUCGCCUGGGCGCUGUCCCCGGGCAACGUUGUUUCGGUGGUCACGAUGGCCGGCCGCGUCGCGCGGCUGCCGCCGCCGUCGUCGCUGGACCCCCCGCAGCGCGCGCGCACGGUCAUCGGCGAGCGCGUCCCGCCUUCGUACGUCGACUUCUCGCGCGAGGGCACGCGCACGGUGCUUUUACCGCCGCGUCUGACCGAGGCGCUCGAGGCCUCCCUGCGACACCUCCCGCACCUGCAGCUCGGGCACGCGCUCGCAGCGCUCGACAACCUGCAGCACGAGGCGACGCCGGAGUUCCUCGACGAGCUGCGCGCGGCGUUCGUGGCGAACGUGCCAACACACAGCGACGCGUUGGAGCUUUGCAAGGACUUUGGGAACUUCGGGCGGUACCUGCACGCCAACGGGCAGCAGGCGGACGUGGACGCGUUCCGCGCGACGCUCGACCGCGUCCACGCGCUGACGGAGGGCCGUGGGGCGAGGGACUUUCACCGGGUGCUGCAUGAGGGGUUGGGGGCGCAUUUGAGGGGCGCGGUCGGGUGGGCGGUGGAAGCGAUGGCGCAGCGCGGGGAGGAGGUGCCGAGGGAGCACCGGCGGUUCGUCGACGCGGUGCUGGGCGUGGGCGGGCCGCCGCGGCGGGCGCAGCGGGGGGGGGAGUCUGCGGCGGGGAGUCCGGGGGUGUCAGCGGACGCGGACUUCGGGCACGUCGGGGGAGCCGGCGGCGCGCAGUACGGCGCCCUGGUCGGCGCGCUCGCGCGGUACGAAGACUUCAUGUCCGCGGCGGGCAGCACGGGUAUGCGGCAUGACGCCUGGCGCGAGGAGCACGGCGACCUGACUCGCGCCGUUCGGGCCGCGGUUGAGGGGGCGCCGGCGUCGGCGUGGGACGAGCUACCGUUCGCGCAGCUCGCGUGCCGGAUCGCGCAGCGUUUCGGGGAGGACUACGUCAAGGCGGGGGAGGCGUCGUCCGUGACUACCCAGGGGGCGUUAUGCGGCGUGCGUGAGCCGCUGAUGGGCGCGGUCGUGCGGGCGCUGACGGGCCCGGCUGCCGGACAGCUGGCCGAGAAGGAGGUGCGCCACGCGCUGCGCGGCGCGGCGCGGUUGGGUGGGAAAUUGGGCGGCGCGGAGGUUGCGGAGAGAAUCCGGGGGCUGGUGGAGGGGAUGGCGCAGGAAGCGGGCGGAGAGGACUACAAGGUGCUGGAGAACCUCAUCGCGACCGUCGAGGCCACGGCGCAGCUCGGCGUGCUGUCGCGGGACGUGUGGGCGCGCGCGACGGAGCUCGCUGCCAACGCGUGGGACGGUAAAGGGCGGACGGGGACUUCGAUGUACCGGGUGCGCGCGGGGCGGCUGCUGCAGGCCUGGGACGACAUGUACGCCGAGCAGAGCGGCACGUCGAUGGCGUCGCUGGCCAUGCGCAGCAUCACGGGCGAGAGCGCACCUGCGGCCUGCGCGCAGGAGGCCAUCGCGGCGGUGGCGCGCGCGGGGCUCAGCGAGACCGCGCAGGCGUACAUCAGGCAGCUCUUCCUGGACGAGACGAACGGGUGCCUGGCCAAGGGGCAGCAGCAGAUGCGCAUGGCAACGGCUCUCACGCAAGUCACGUCGUACGCCGACCUCGAGAAGCUCUUGUCGCAGGACGACCACCUGCUCUCUCCGCGGGCCAGCAUGGCCGCCGUCCAAGCGCUGUGGCGCAUCACGGCCGCGGACGCCGCCGGCGCGCCCCCCGCGGACCUCACCCGGUCCGUCGCGCUCCGCGUCUGCCGCGACGCCGACUCCUUCAGCACCAAGGACCUCUUCCACCUCUGGCACCCCCUCGGCGCCCUCGCGCGCGACGGCCACAUCCAUUUCCGCCCCUCCGCCGACGGGCACGCCGCGGACGACCCGGCGCGGUCCGUCGCGGCCGCGGAGUGGCGCGUCCUGCGCAACCGCACCGUCGAGCACGCCUCCGGCGCCCCGUCCAUGCUCUCCCUCCUCCUCACACUCUACGGCAUGGACAACGCCGGCGUCCUGGACGAGCACGCGCUGACGCGGCUGGUCGAGGCGCUGGCGCAGGGCGCGCGGACGCGCACGGAGGCCCCCCACCGGAUGUCCGCGACGGACCGGCGGCGCAUUUGGGACCUCGUGACGACGCGGUUGAAGCCUGGGGAGAUGAGUGUGGGUGCGCGGCAGUGGGUGAGGCUGUGCAGGCCCGGGGCGGUGCGGGGCGCGGGCGGAGGGGCGGAGCGGGCGGCGGUGGGGGCGGAGGGGCGUGGGGAGGAGGCGGAGGCGGAGUAG